AUGAAUUGUAAUUAAAUAUUUAUUGAUUAACUGAGAUGUCCUGAUCUUUAUACAAAGAAUUAACAUGCUUCACUCAAUUGCCCUCCAAAAUACUCAUAAAGUUUCAUAAUGAACUAAAUAAUCCAUAAACCAAGAAUUCUGAGAAAUUAAUAUAGCGUAUAGAAAUAUUCGUAAUCAACUGAAGAUUUAUGCUAAUCAUUUGAAUAGCCUCAAGUGUUGAACUUAACAAUAUCAUAAUUAAGGGAUUUGAAAUCUAUUAAUAAGACAAAAAAGACUAGCUUAUGUUCAAAGUCUAAAAGUAAGGAGAAAAAUCUACAAGUUUCUGAUCAAAAUCAUGAGAGGAAACGAUCAAAUACCUACCAUGUCAAUUCUCUAGCCAAAACAGCUCUGUUAUUUGUCAACCGUUAAGAUAAGAGAAUGAAAAUAAUUGAAAAUGCAGAUAAUCAUUUUGAUAUCAAAAACUUAGAAUUAUUACAAAGUAAUUAAUAGAGUGUUAAAAAUACUCAUUUUAAUACUACUAUAAUGAUACCAAAUUACAAUUUUGAAUCAACUUUACAUUCUUGUGUGUCUUAAACAAACAUCUCUUUAGCAAAUUAAAUCAAUAUGGUUAAAGAAUAUGUAUCUGAAAUUAAUCAAUACAAUAUUAAAUGGACAGAAUCAGAAAAAAUAACAAAAAAUAUACCCAAGAAGUUAUUAGAAAAGUAUGCUACCUCAGAUGAUACAUCAUUGUAUUUAGAAUCUUCAAGAUUUAAAAUUGAAAGAAAUUUUAAUCAAAUUUAUAAAGCAGGCAAAUUUAGAUGGUUAUACCCUGGUGAAGAAGCAGCUAUUAUAGAAAGUAUAGAAUCUUUUUUAAAUGAUUGCUAAAAAAAGAUAUCAUUACUAAUGAUGAGCAUUUAGAAAAUCUUAAAAACAAUUAUCAUUUAAAAAAGGUUAGAAUAUUUGUUUAAUUAUCCUAUUUGCAUGAAAUAAAUAGAGGCUCAUUGGAAAAUUAUGGCAACAAUCUUUAAAUUAAAAUAGCAGCAUCGUCAUUAUAAAAAUUAAGUGACAAACAAGUUAUGGAAAGACAUUCAAGCUUCAAAAACAUUAUUUUUAGAUUUAAAUCUGGAUAAUAAUAAAUUGACUCAUUUUGUCAAAUAAUUAUAACUUUGA